UCCAACGAGCAGUACUUGAAGUGUGCGCGUAUCGUGCCGUGACAGUGAUUGGAAAAAUGUAGAACUCCGCACCGAUCGAGAAUGUGAAAAACAUAUGGGUAAUCAUUCAAAAGCUAUCGCUGCACGUAUGUACUACAAAAGUCUAGUGGAAGUCGCUUAGUAGCGUGUUGAUUUAGUGCAUAAAAGACGCGUUAGAAGCGUCCGACUGUGUGAAGAAGGUGCAACUUUUUUUUUCGGUGCAAAACAGCUAUAAUUUAGGACGCGGGUGGAGCAAGUGGAAAGGUGGAGUUGAUGCUCCUAAUCGCGAGAAGUUGUACAGCUAAGUGUGUGUGUGUUCAGUAUUUGUUUUCGUUCUGCGGUCGCACUGCUGGCAAGCGGAUAAGGACAAAAUACAAAUCGAAAAAAAAACUAGUUGAUUUUUCUCCAAAUCAGUAAAUGUUUGGUUUACCGGAUUGAUUCUGAAAACAAAUACGUCGUUCAUCCAAUUAGAGGUGAUUUAAUAACCCCCGGACAGAGCCAACAAAAUCAUCUAUACUAGCCGCAAUGUCGAUGAAGGUAUCUUUCGAAAUAGGCCACGAAGCAUCGCUAAAAGCCCAACGCACUCCAGAAGGAUACACCCACGAUUGGGAGCUGUUCGUUCGGGGUGUCGAUAAUAACGAUAUCAGCCACUUUGUUGAAAAAGUUGUCUUCAUUCUGCACGAGUCGUUUCCCAAACCCAAACGAGUCGUAAAAGAACCACCCUUCGUUGUGAAGGAAGCCGGUUACGCUGGAUUCGUUCUGCCGGUGGAGGUCUAUUUCAAGAGCAAGGGCGACGAGCCGAAAAAGAAGAUAUACAGUUACGAUCUAGAUCUGCAAUCGUACAAGGUACAGCCUGAAGAAUAUGUUGUGUCCAACCCGUCAGAAGAUUUCAAACGAAAACUGUUGAAGGGUGGUGGUAUCAUGUUGAGCAGCGGGGGAAUGCCUUCUUCGAGCUCCUCUGAUUAUAAAAAUCGUCACAGCAAUAGUGGCGAAAAAAGUAGUUCUUCUCAGGAUAAAAAAUAUAAGAAGGGCCCCGGCGAUGACUCAAAGGUACAAAACACCUUUGCAAACCUUUUUGGGCCACCAAUUACGAAAGGCAGCAGUAAAGUAUCGCCUGACCCAAAGCAAAGUUCGUCUUCUUCGUCGAGCAAAGCAUCUCCGAGCGCUGGAGUUCCUGGCGGAUUUAGUAGCAGCAAGAACCAGCAGAUGAACCCAAAGGGCGAUCGCUCCAGUUCCAUCAAAGAUAAGGAGAAAAGCGAGAAGGACAAAUCCUCGAAGCAUAAGCACUCAAGUCCCAAUAAAGAUAAGGACUCAAAAAAGUCCUCAAAUGAUGAGAAGCAUGGCAAAGAGAAGAAAGACAAGUCUCACUCUAAGGAACGAGACCGACUCAAAGAGAAAAGUUCCGGGUCCUCUUCAUCGUCAUUAUCGAAAAGGCCGUCUAGUCCCAAGCGGAAUAGUGCUGCUGUUGUUCCAGCUCAAGCAGUUGCCAAUAGCCUUUCCUCGAAAAGGCAUUCAUCACCUUCUGUCCCACCACCUCAAUCGGCCGCACCACCUCAAUCGGCCGCACCACCAGUGAGUAAUAGCAGCAACUCAAAGCCAGACGAGAAGAGUUCAAGCAAACACAGCAGCGAGAAGGAGAAGAAAAAGGAGAAAAAAGAGAAGAAGAGCUACGAUAAGGAUAAGGAACGCUUCGACAAGAAAGAUCGAGAGCAAAAGAAAGAUAAAGACAACGAGAGAACUAGCAAUUCCGUACCCGAUAAACCAAAAUCCGACUUGAUUAAACCGAGUAAGCUGGACGCUGUGAAACUCGACUCAAAAUUGCAUUCGAAGGAGAAAAAAAUUUCGGAUGAACCACCCAAACCGCCUGCUCAAACGGAAAUCCCUUCAAUGCAGCUUCCGCCAUCAUCACAGCAGCAGGAAAUAUCCAAAAGGAUGGAUAAAUCCGAGACGAAAGAAAAAGAAAAAGAAGAACGAAAACACAAGCACAAGAAAAAGGAUAAGUCCAAGGACAAAGAAAAGGAUCGAUCCUCCAGCAGUAAGGACAAAAAAGAGAAGAAAGAUAAGGAGAAAUCUUCCAACACCAAACCAAGCUUUUCCACGCCACCGGCCAGAGAACCAGAGGCUGUUUUACCACCGAGCAAACAGCCUGCCGCCAAGCUACCGGAACCAGUGAAAUCUCAGCCUCCACUCGAAAAGAAAAGCCAACAGCAUGCUUCAGCCUCGAAAAGUACUCCUCUGACUGCACUUAUUGGAGAAUUAAGCGGGGAUAAUAGCAGCGAUUCGGAGGUGGAUAGUCCUCCCUCACUGGCACCAGACAAGGAUUCCGAAAAUUCAAACAGUAGCAUAGCGGAUCUUCUCACCGCAAGGCCUCCAUCAGCCGCAUCCUCCAGUGCAUCCAGUGUGACGAGACCCCCAGAACAAAGGCACAUUCCGGAUCCUGCUCCGCAAACCAUCGAGCAAUCGAAGCCGGAGAAAAGUCAUCACAAAGGUAAAAAAGAUAAACUUAAAGCAUCCUCCUCCGAUGGUAAAGAGGAAAGCAAGAAGCGAAAACGAAAAAACAAAGAUACGGAAGGCGGCGAGAAGGAGAAAGAUAAGAAAUCAUCCACUGCGACCCCCGUUACCCAAAGGAGUCCAUCGCCACCAACUCCUCCCCCUCCGACGCUAAUGGAGCCACCAUUGAAGAUUCCCAAGCGAGAUGAUCCCUACAAACGCGAGGAAUCCCCGAAUAAUAACAACUCCAAAAUACUGCCCCCAGAGGAUACCGGUACAGCAUCAUCGUACUACAACAACAAUAACAAUACCUCAGCGCUGCAGGCCGGUUCGCUAGCUCCGCCGCCGCCACCACCAACCUCGAUAGCGCAACCGAACAGCUCGGGUGCCACCACUAUGAGCAGUCUGUCAGGCGACUACAUGUCUGAGCUGAAGGAUCUUCAGCACAAAAUCAUGACGCUGCAGGACAACAACGAACUGCAACGAGUGGUGGAAAUGAUUGCAGCUACCGGUUGCUACGAGAUCACAAGUGCAACGUUCGAUUUCGACCUGUGCGCGCUGGAUCGCCACACUGUCCAACGAUUGCAGGAGUUCUUCGCAACGUCAUGUUCAUCCUGACAGUAAGAUUAAACCAAAACCGAUUUGUUCCUUUUUCCCUAUCAAUAAUCAUUUCUCCGACUUUUUGUUCGGUGAUAACAUUUGCGCAUUCUGGCGUGUUUUUUAUUAUUAUUAUGAACUGAUAAAUUUUAUUUAUAACUCUAUUUAUUUUCUACUCGUAGCUUGAUUAAAUCCUUUCUAAUGGGAAGUUUUAUCCGUUUAGCGCGCUAAACAAUGUUCUAUAGUGUUUUCCGUGCUCAGGAUUAACAAUAAAGCUACAAUGUACAAAACAUGUAUAGUCAACUAUCGAUGAAAUCAAUACCGUCGCGUACACUUUUGAAGACUCGUGUGUAUGUGUGUCUGUAUGUAUGUUCAAUGUGGUCCUUGUACUCAUAUCCGCCGAGUUGCAUUCACAAUGAACAGAGAGCUGGAGUGUGUAGAUUGUGUAUACUUGUAAAUAUCGUUUAUCCUAGCUCGUAGAUAUUUGUUCUGUGGAAAAGCGUAAAGUCAAAUUUAGCGAAGCGAACAGAACGCAGGUGGCAUUAUUAGACGAUAGGUGAAGCAACAGUGAACUAGAGUUUAAGGGAGGACAAAAUGAAAUAAUACUUAGGCGGUAAUAAAGCAGUCAUUGAUUAAUGUAGGAAACAAGGUCGUAGUUUGAUUUCGAGUGCGUAAUAUGGUAGGUUAUUAUUGAAAUAACGAGAGUAUGGUUCCACUCCUCAUCACAAUCACCGUCAGUCAGCUCGUGGAAAAUCACUGAUUUUAGAUUAUGUUUAGUUAGAGAGGGCUGAACAGAAUAGGAAAUUAAACCCAAAAUCCCAGAAAAUGUGAAGUCAAUAUUGCAUUGAAAAAUUAAACCAAGGUCUUGAACGAUUUUGAUGUUUUACUUCUUUAUGUUUUUUUGAAAAAAAAUGUUAUCAAUAUUUCAUGUACUAUACUUCUGUAGUGUAGUGCUAGCUUUAACCGGAAAUUUUUGUAGAUAUUUCGUCCAUUUUUGGACUUUUUCUUUUCACAUUUUUUGAUGUUCGCUCCUGAAAAUACGCAAUUGUGUUUUUCUAAGAACAAAAAUCGUCGAUUGAGCAGGCUCCAGGCUAGUACCGAUUCGCUUCCAGUAGUUGUCUACUCGAUAACUUCUUGACGUAUCAUAAUUAUUCUUCAUCAAUGGCACUAAUGUUUCUUGAACUUCACGGUCUCAACGAAGUAUAUGACAUAAGCCAUAUCACACGCUAUGAAUGUAUUCUAAGUGGUAAGCUCUAGAAUACGCGUGACCACAGUGCAAGUCGGACGAAUUUUGUUGUUGUAUAAAUACAUUUUUAUUUCCCACACGUUUCCCCCAUUUCAAUUGAUCAGCUUAAACUUUACAUCUUUGUCCCAAUUUGCAUAAUAGAAUGCUAGUGACAUCUAUUGAUUUUUACUCUGUCAUUAAUUUUUAUUCCUCAAUGAUAAACAUUUGUGUUUUUUGAAUUAUUAAAAUAAAACCACCCACUUAACCUAAGACCUUAAUCUUUCUUAUACAAGUUCCCUGCAAUCUCAGACAAUUAUCAAACUUUACGUGUAGGGUAUCCAGACAGGCUCUUUCAUGAACCUCCGUUGUUCUCGUCCAGAGGGGCAGGCUAAAGAUGAUUUUCAGGAUCUUGUUCUGAACGCGUUGGAAUCUCAGCCUGUGUGUUCGGGCACAACCCUUCCAAACAGGAACCGCACAUCCAAUGGCAGGAUAAAAUAUCUGUUUAUAGUCGGCCAUCUUUAAACAUUCCAUUCUUUAAACAAAGCUUUGAGUUUCUACUAAUCAAGGGGUGCAAGGACGAAAGUAAAAUGUUACAUUUGAUAACGGUUCUGUUAACGUGAGAUCUAAAAAUCAGAUGACUGUCUAAUGUGAAUCCUAAACAGGUGACUUCGUCAGAUCAUUCAACAGGGGAGUCGUCGAAUCGAACUCUUACGUUGUCAACCGAAACUAGUCUGAGAGACCUCGAAUGCGGGAUAAGAAUAGUCUGAGUCCUCGCCGUAUUGAUUAUAAUUUUCCGACUGAUGUAAUAUUCUCUGAACUCUGACAUAAUGCAGCUCGAACACCAAACGAUCAAGCCACACAUUGUCGAAGGACUUUUCAAUGUCCAAGAGAGCCAUUGCUGGUGUCUUGGUGUCACCCUAUUCUUUUGAAUGAUGUUAACAACUCUAGUGAGUUGAUGUAUGGUGGAUCUUCCCAUACCGAACCCAAACUGUUCCUCAGGAAAGACACCAUGUCCAUCUGCGAACGAAAGUGUUCGGGCUUGAAUACAUUUCUCGAACAGUUUCGAGAGGGCAGAGCUUGCUGAUGGGUCGGUAGCUCUUGGGGACAGAAGGAUCUUUUCCCGGUUUCAGGACUGAGAUGACUUUUGCUAAUUUCCACACUGAAGGAAAGUAGCUAAGCUCCUAGCAUCUGUUUAAAAUUUUCGCUACGAUGUUGAAUGUGUUGUCGAACCCGGGGGCAUUUAUGUUUCUACACCCUCUGAUAAGAACUAUCAGCUCAUCAGCAGUGACUCGGGACCCUUCCAGUGACCCGCAAUCCCUCGUUGAAAGGAUUCAAGGAUUCUAUCGAUAUUCUCCGAGAAAUCCAAGGGCUGAUCGGGGGCGAUGUUGCUAUUAACAACACGCUGAAUUCGCUCCAAUUUGCACCUCGAUAGUUUCGCCGGAAACCACGGCAUUGGCACCCAGCUUAAGCACCAGAGUUCCCCGAACUCGAGUGGAUCCUCGGAGAUGGCCAUAUUGGUCAGAAAAAUGUCCACAAUAGAAUAAACUACCGAUCUAAAGAUUCUUGUCGGACUAUUCGGCGCAAAGAUGUUGUAAUAGCCAUUCUCCAAGUCCACUACAAGAAUGAUUCCAUUUCGGUUUCGCCUUCAGUUAUCCCAAAUCCGAUGCCGAGCAUUUCAUACCGCCAACUUUGCGGCCGGAUGUUCUUAUAUUCCAGCGAAUGUUUGUACUGUUGCAGAUUGGAGCUGACUGUCUCGUCCGUGAAUCGUGUUAGUAGUUGACGAUGAUUACAGUAUCUCCAGUAGCACCUGACCUGCUUUAGGGUGAGAACACAGUCGUUUCUAGCGACAAGCGGUGUGCUUCCGUUGUAUAAACCGAACAAGCGCUUGAGUUUAAUUUUCACCAGCGCGCGUUCAAAUCAAACCCGUAUUCUCUCUUGGUGCGAAGUGCACUAAAUUCAUAUACACGACAGCGCAAAAUGUACCCGGCGCAGAACUCAGGUGCUAAACAUCUCUUCUCACUUGUGUGACGCGCGUCUCAUUCUAUACACACACACAUACACAUUAAAUUCUAGCUCCCGCUUUGUCUUCGCUCGCUCUAAGCAAAGCAUAAAAACAACAGCGCUUGUAUGAAGAAAAACAUCUCAACGGAGAGAACAAUCCAGAUUCAAGCGCGCAGUAUAGAAACACGGCGCAAGCACGGUGCAAACUUCAGCGUAAAACUGGGCGCAAAAACGGAGCUGACAACAAAACAUUUCAUCUGUGUUUCGGAGCGUGCUCAUUCGCCAGAGCGCAUGUGUACACAAGGAGUGGGAGCUCAAUUGGGAAAAAAAUCUUGUUACACAUCAGUACCGGGUUACAUUCUGAAGCAGGGUGUCGACUACCUUGAAAAUCAGGGAACAUCAGGGAAUUCAAAACAUGUCAGGGAACAUCAUGGAAUUUUGCCGCCAACCUGGAAAAAUGAAAUUCCGCCAAUUAUAAUUUUCAUUAUUGCAGUAAUUAGAAAUUUAAUGAUACAAAAAAAUUAUAGGAGAUUGUGUCCAAGUUACAACCGAAUUGUUGACGUAGAACUACGCUGUUAUUUUAUAUAAGUCGCUUGUUUAUACCUUCGGAUAUUAUUGUAUAAUGCUGUGAAAUUUUAGAAACAACUGCUUAGUAGAAUAAUAUCUGAAAUGGUUUUUUCAUUCGGUCAACUGAUUCGACGAUAAUUGAUUGAUGAUUCAUUCUUGCCCUCGCAAAACAAUACACUAGAUGAUCGUAUGUCGCAAUUUAUUUCAUGUCAAUGCAUUGAAAAUUCACCUCAAACGCUAUUCCGGUGGCCUUUUUCGCAAUUGACAUAGACUCGGCUGCAGUCGAUUAUAUACAUAUUGCACCAGCACCAUUAUUCCACAUCUCAUAACUACAUCAAUAUAUCUUUGGCACCGCAUGGAAACAACAACAAUGACAACACUUGCAAGUAUCAAAUAUCAUGCUACAUGUUAUUUAGUAUUGCCUCAAAGGAAUCGCACCUCUAGGCAUCGUUCGUACAACGUAAAACAAGGGCCAAACAAGCUUUCGCCAGAGCAUGCAUACAGAGCCAUACAUUGGUGGCUUGAAACUACUAGGAAUAUAAACACUUCUCAUCAUUUUGCGCUAUUCUCAAAAGAUACGCUUCUGUUAAUAUUACUGGCCUCGAAAAAAGUUGCAUUACUUUCUCAUGCUCGAGAGAAGCGCAGCUGUCACCCUUAGUGGAGGAAGUUUAGUUACCGGCGAGCGAAACCUAAUCACAUACAAAAUUCCAGAACGACAUUUACUUUCUUGGUGACUAAACAAGCGAAAUAAACACCUCGAAAACAGUAGCAAUGCUUUGUCAUGAUCAAUAUUAGCGCAAAUGCAAUCCUAGUUGAAGGCAGUUUUGCGACUGGCACGCGAACCCAAAUAACUUCUAACAUUCCAGUAAGACAUUCAAGAUGCUUGGUAUUCCCCAAAUAUUUUUUUGGCCUUAACGCCUGCUUCGCCAUAACGUCAGUUUAAUGCAUUGAUGCAUUCUCAAAGGCACAAACGAAGCCCUUAUGAUGACGGAAAACAAAAAAUGUUAACUGCUUGGAAAAAGACUGAAUUAUGCCACACAGUUUGUACUCUGCUGUAACACCCAUCGAUGCGAAUUCGCUGAUGAGUUUGUCAAAAGCGACCGCCUUCACCACCAGCGGGGGGAGCUUGAUUUCUGUUGCUGCCUGGGUAACAGCGUUUACAUUUUUGACCGAUGCGGCGAAAUCGCCUACUUCGCUGUUGUUCGAUGCGGUGUCACACUCGCGAAGGUUCGGUUCAGUGCGAGCGCUUUUCACUGCACUAACAUCGCGUGCAUCAUUAGAUGACGCUUGCCUCGAAAUUUUAUUGCCCCUGGCAAUGUGUUCGUUUUUUGCAGCGCUCGAGUCUGCCUUCCUCUUCUUCUUGCUCAUCACACACUACGCGAAGCCAAUUUAUGACGCGGAAAGAAGAAUACACGAUACGAAUAACGCUGAAAACGAACAGAAAAACCAAACGACGAUAUCCAAGUUGGAUUACCACUGGUGGAGUCCAAUAUUAGAUCGAAGCGCAGCGAAACCAAAGUGAACUGGAUUGCUCAACAGUCCGAUGCCGAAUGAAAGUUUGCCUCAGCGAGAUCCACUGUUUAUACUCUAGGCAAAUAUUCCCCUUCAUUCUUCUACUUUUCCUUUGUUCACGGAGACUUUAAAUCCUACGAUUUCCCCUCCGUUGGUCGUCGAUAAGUUGCUCGUUAUUGACAGCUCUGUUCGGGAAAGCACAAGAAUGGACAGAACAAAUGUAUGGCAAAAUUGAAGCGCUUAAAGUUUUCAUGAAUUUUAACCAUUUACAAACCAGGGGAUUCUAAAGUAUAGCAUAUUAAACAAAUCUUAGGGAAUUUCCGAUUCGUUUAGUAUGUAAAUCGCCAAAAUCCGUUCAGUUUGUGUUGCAACUGAUCACUUAUUUGUGUAAUCAGUAUCUACAGUUCAACUCCAACAACUUCCUUUUUUCUUCGAAAAGUGUUGAUAAAUUCAUGCUUAAAACCUUUACAGUCAUAGCUGAGAUCCUGUGGAGUCUGGAAACAGUGAGGUGUCAAGAAUCACUCCGUGGUUGCAUCGAGAAGAAUGUCUCAUGGCAGCCAGAAAGCUGAGAAUUACUAAUAAAAUGAGCUUUAUGAUGAUGUUUGGCAUUCUCCUAUAUUCUUAAUUUGAGCUCGAUGAAGUUGUGCGUAAUAAAAGUUAUACAUUGUCGCUAGUUUCGACCUAAGACAAGACGUGACAACUGGCUUCUUACUCUUUGACCACGUGCGAGCAACAGGGACACCGAACCACUCGAGAUAUCAAGUUUCCAAAUGUGCCUGAAAACUAUGUUUUCACGUCCCCAACAUAUGUUUUUGUAUCAAAUAUUCUACGAAUGAUUACAUUUGGAUGAUGUAAAGCAAAAUGGUUGCGUAUUUCACAACAAAUUGUAUUUUUCUGUUAUGCUUUAUCAUGAAAACUAGUGUGAGAGUACAUACCAUGAGCAGGGCUAGUUAUUUUCGAAGCUAAUAAAUGUGAUUGAAUUUUAUUCAUACAACUCUCACUUCUACUACAGUCAUUUUCGGUGGAUUAAUUUCAGUGUAUCGGGGUGAAGUGGAAACGAAAUAUUCUCUACGCAUACAGUAACAUUGAUUCUUUUGUUUCGUUCCUUUCCUCUUUCGUUCUCUUACAAGUAUAAAAGCAGAAGCUUUCACUGACGAUUAAAACUGCUUGAACGGGUUAUAUUUAUUUUCAUUUCGCAUGUUAGAGGAUGCUUGCUGCUUUCAAACGUAAGUUUUAUUUUACCAAAAUGGAUCGUCGCGGACCGUGUUCAAAAUUCUUCAAUCACUUGUAAAUAACAUGUUUCUCUGUUAUUUGGAAUACAUGAUUGUUACAGAAAAUGUAAUAAAAUGAAAGACGGCACAGAUCGGACUAUUCCUUUCUCGAGUUUUUCACCCUCUCUAAGGGUGAAAAGAAUAAUCCGAUUUGAGCUGUCUUCAUUUUAUUAUAUUUCCUGUAUCAAACAUGUAUUCCAUGUUACGAAGAAGCAUGUUAUUUGCAAGUACGCUGGACUCUUUUUUAUGCGUGAUAUUUUUUACGCUAUUCGCUCAAAAUUACGCGAUUUUUUUAUGCGAUUCGCUUGAAAUUACGCGAUUUUUUUACACGAUUUGCUCGAAAUUACGCGAUUUUCGACUAGGUCUGCGCUUUCAGCGUGCCCACGCAGAAUUGCGAGCGCACGCACAAACGCAUACACAACGCCGGAAGCACGCGCACGCACAUACCAUUGGGUGCACAAACACGCACACACACGCGCAAACAUGCACAAACAUGUGCACAAAAACGCGAGCGCACACAAACAUACAAAUGGACGCACAGGUGCGCACACACAAGCACAUACACGCGCACAAACGUGCACGCGCACAGAAGCACGCACGGAAAAAAAAGAAUCAAGCACACACGUGCACACACGCACACAAAUACGUGCACACGUACGCACACACACCCACACAUGCCCAUGCACAAAAAACGCGCACACCUGCACACAAGCAAGAAAAAAACGCGCAAACGCACGUACACACGCGCACACAAACACGCACAAAUGCGCGCAAACACGCCUACACAUGCCCGCGCAUAAAAAAAGCGCACACCUGCAUGCAAGCAAAAAAAACCAGGCCCAAACGCACGCGCACACACGCACACGAACACCCAAAAAACGCGCGAACAUACACAAAUACACGUGCACAAACACAAACAUCGGGCUGUCGAAUCGGCUAUCCGGACUCGAAGCUGACCGGUAUCCAGUAUCCGACCAAACUACUAUCCGUUUCAUCACUAAUUUCACACUGACAACUAGCGCCGGUAAAAAAAUUACUCCUGCAGGCAUACUACACAACCCUCACUGCACCGUUUUCAUUAGUUUCAGUGAAUAAGUUUCGAAUGCAACAAGGAAAUAUUCAUUUCUAUACAAACUGCCAGAAUACAUGGAUGCUUCAAAUUAAUUUCCAAGUGACGAUUUCUAACGUUGCUUUUGUUUGCAGAAUGAAAGGAAUCAACGUGAAAUGAAAGGAAUAUGUACGAAAGAGACGAGAUAUUUUUCUUAUUGUGCGUGAAAAGAGAAUAGAUAUAUUUUUAGCCUGCAUGGUACUGGUUCUGUUCUGAGAAGCGAUAGACACAUUAUUGAGUGACGAUGUGCUAAUUGAAGUGAAAUUGUCAGGCCCUGACCAUGAGUACAUUAUGUAGGAAUGUAUUUCCAAAUAUUAUUGGUAACCCUUUAAAACUGACCAAUCAACUGCUGGUCCGAAAUCGACCCCCUAUUGUCAGGUCUUUGUUUAGGUUCGUGUCAGUCCUUAGGGACUGACAUUGAGCUUUUCGGUAGAAAAAAGUUGAUAAACGGGACUGACUGUUACAAAAUAAGGAAAUAUAAAAAAAUAUUUGUUUUCGGAUGUUUUACGAUAUGUGACUACUUUCAACUCGAAUUUCUGCCUAUUUUAUUUUUAUACAAUAAAUAUCUUUGGGAGCUGAGACCGAUACUGAUAUUAUACAAAUACUCUUGAUGCGGACUAGAUGGGGAGUGCAGCAAGAACAACCGGGGCUCAACGUGUCUAUUAAAACGAAAAUUACUCGUUCUGUACAAGUGUUUAUGUAUCCUUUAAUAUAACUUUGAACAGUAUUAAUAAAUCUAAUUUCUUAUAUUUUCCGACACUUCUCAGUAGUUGUUUAGUUCAAUCAAAAAUCACAAACAAUUCAUUUAUUGGAAGAUAUCGACAGAUGUUCAUAAAUUCCAUUGUUUCAGCUAAUAAAAUGUUUUAAGAACUACAACUUCAGAACUAGUAGAAAAUUUUAUUAAUAGUCUACAUCUGGAAUCUUUCUGAAAAAUUACUGGAAAAUCAGGGAAUAUCAGGGAAUUUUUUUUCGACUUUCGAGUCGACACUUUGUGAAGACCGGUGAGGAUAAAAGCAGAAUCAUCGUCGUUUGGCACGUAAACGUAAAUGGCCGAGAGUUAAUCACGGUCUCGAUUUUGGAAAUCAUUUCGUCAGGCGGUACCUUCGGAAUCCCUUUUGGGCAAGUGGUAUCAUGACAAUUGGUCCCUGCCGCUGCAUGGAUUUGCAGUUUACUGAAAAUCGCGGUACACGUGUAACUACAUUUCCCAUCCGCUGCCUGUUAGCAAAGUUCGUGACACAGACAACCGGUUCUGAUAUAACUUGUUGAAAUACGGGACUUUCAGUAAGUUCGGAGUCUGUGGAUUUGUUCCGGACAUCUGACUUCGGCCAGUUGUUUUCGUCGGAUUCAUCGCUGCACGAACCUACGUGAAACAUAUUCGGUAUCUCUUCUGUGCGGAAUCCUCCACAAACAGUCCACCCUAAUCGGGUAUUAAUCGCGAUCGGUUAACCCAAUUCCCCUUCACGGCUCUUCAGUGUAAGUUCUACCUGGGCAUGUUUCACUACAAUUAGAAUGCGUGGACGAGUAUCUCGAUAUGACUCGAUUGGCAAUCCUUUGAGGUGAGGAUACAAGAGACCUAGCUCAUUGAUAUUCAAUAUUUGAAGUGGCAACAUUAACUCGUUAAAUGUCCGCACAUCCUCAGCAAUGUGAAGCUUGACGAUACAUGAAUUCUUCUCAUGGCGUUGAGUACCUCCGGUCCAACGGUAAAGUGGACUUGAGAUCCCAUUUAGUUUCAGCUCAUCGGCCAGUUCUUGAUCGAGCAGCGUCAACGCAGAUCCUUCGUCCAAAAACGUAAAAGUAUGUAUCUCUUUUCCAGAACCUGAUAACACUACCAGGAGAUACCGAAACAGCACUACCAGGAGAUACUGGCUUGAGCCGACUCUUGGUUCCCGUUUUGAGUUUGAAUCUUCUCUUUAUGGUCGUUAUGUAGUAGCUCGUGAUGUAUGUAUGUGAAUCCGUCUUUGGAUUCAUGGUUCAUGGUUGGUAGGGCAUGGUUUAGCCCUACAGUUUUCUCUGUGUUGAUGAAAGCAUGUGCGACAAAGUCCGAACUCUCUGACUAUUGCCCUAAAGAUUUGCAAUUUCGCUUGCACACUGAGCACAUCCAUCUCCUUAGAGGCUACUGGUGUAGAAUCGUCUGCCGUCUUUAGUGACGUAUGAUAUUUCGUGUUAUUUUGACCGGUUGUCUCAGAGUGCACAUUGAGACAACCAUCUCCCUUCUUAUUUCGUCGAACAUCGUUGCGUUCAGGUUCUGUUUCUAGCGAUAGAUCCAUUUACUGAAGGUGGCUAGGUUGAUCUUUGAAAACGACUUCCGAUGUUGUGCCCAGUUAAGCUUGAUGGUCGGUGGUAGUUUGACGACAAGCUGAUAUAACAAAGCCACGUUGUAGUUAUACUCUUCCAAACCGCAUGAUUUAAACGUAGCACAGAAUUUCCUGCUCGCUCACCGCGAAAUCCACUAGCGUUUUUGGACGGUCUUUCCUAAUCGCUGGGAAUAAGCUUAUCUUCCUGAUUAGAGAAUGCACAAUGACUUCUGGUUGACCGUACAACAUUCUCAGCGUAUUUAAAACCCCUCGAACGUUUCCAAAAUGCAUCAGCCUGCACUUGACUGCUUCGUAGGCUUUCCCCUUCAAACAAUCGAAGCAAGUUCUCCUCUUCUGUGAAUCCACACAUAGCUGUCGUACUAUUGAGCAUAGAUAAGAAGAUCCGGAUUGCCGGAAAAUGUAGGCAAGUCCCAUGGAACAGGUUGCCGUGCUGCGAUUCGAAAAUUUGAAAGACGAAAUCUGGAUUGAAUUUGCAUUGAUCGAGGCAGAGUAUUCGGUCUGAAGUGACUUGACUGCUCAUGCACUGAGUCUUGAAUGUUGAAUUGUGAUACAGGAAUCUGUCUGGAAGGCAAUAUAUUUUCAAAUUGAAAAUUAUUCACGAUCCAGCUGUUGGUAUCGUCGAAAUUCUUCUUCACAACACACCUGUUUUUGACGUUGAUGCAUCAGCUGCUCUUGUUGCUUUUCCAUAUCAGAAAUACGUUGUUGAUCAGAUGAAUACAUAUCGGUUUUAAGCUGCGUAUGGCUGGUAGUUUCGAUCCAUUCUUCUAUCCGACUUCGAGAAAUGACGGAACCGGACCUCCGGUUGUAUACUUUGUCACUAGGCAAGUUUUCCAAAAUUUCGUACUUAUUGGCAAUAAACUUUUUGUUUAUCGGCAGCUACUCGUCGACGUUCUGCUUCUUCGUUCUCAAAAUUUUCUUGACGUGGGACUACAUCUAACCGUGAAUAUAUGGAGGGUAGGGUGGCAAUGGAUGUAUGGAAAAAAAAUCAUAAUCGAAUUUCAAAAAUCGACCAUGUACAUUUUGUUUAUUAACCCAAAAAAUGACCUGUGCAAAGUUUCAGCUCGAUCUGAAAUGAUUUGGGGGUGUCUCAAAUCGCUCAAUUUUUUUUAUUUUUUGAUCCUCGAAAAUCUUCCAAGGAGUGAAGGGGGGGUUUCAAGGGAAAUUUGGAAAAUCGAAAUUUUAUUUUCGAUGCCAAAUGACUUUAAAAAUGCAUGAAACGUCGAGAUCUGGUGUCAUCCGGAAAAAAAAUUUUGGCCGAAAAUCGACCUUUUGGGACUUAGCCUGAGAGGCAAUGAAGGCAUGGGAAAAAAAUUAUCGAAUUUCAAAAAACCGAUCAUAUACAGUUUGUUCAUUGGCACAAAAAAAUCACCUGUACAAAGUUUCAGCUCGAUCGGAUAUGAUUUAGGGGUGUCUCUAAGCACUCAAAGUUUUGAUGUUUUGGCCUCUCAAGCAAAGUCCCAAAAGUCGAUUUUCGAUCAAAAAAUGUUUUUCGAGAUAACACCAGAUCUCGACAUUUUAUGCAUUUUUAAGACAUUUGGCAUCGAAAACAAAAUUUCGAUUUUCCAAAUUUCCCUUGGAAGAUUUUCAAGGAUCAAAAAAUCAAAACUUUGAGAGCUUUGAGGCACCCCUAAAUCAUGACCGAUCGAGCUGAAACAUUGCACAGGUCUUUUUUUUGUGCCAAUAAACAAGAUGUACAUGGUCGGUUAUUGAAAUUUGACAUGAUCAUUUUCGCUGCCACCCUGAUGGAGGGUGAAAUGAAAACCUGAACACAAAAAAUGCAGUAAAAACGGAAGGAUUGUGAAUGCUUAUAACUCGAAUAUUUCUUAAUAGAUCGGAAAGAUGUCUGCAUCAAUUCAUAGGAAAUAUUUCUACGUAUCUAUCACAAUGAACGAAAUAUUAUUUUUCAUGAAAUAAACAAUUGAAUAACUGUGAAAUGUCAAGCGUUAUCUACACGCCCUAACUGCCAUGUUUUGAUUGGCUCGAUUCACGGUUUUCCCAACACAGACUUCAAAACCAAGGAGUCUGGAGAAAUCGGCAUUGCAAAUUAGGAUUGGGGGAUCUUAGAUCGACUUUCUGAAGAUCGAUCUUUUCCAUAUCGAUUUCCGAUUUUUUGGAUCGAUUCAUUGUACCGUUCUGAAUCAUAUUUCGGACACUUUAUUCUAAUAUCUUGAAAUGCUUAAUGAACUGAUGAUGUAACUAUCAAUUUAAUAUCACAAUUGCUUCUUUAGAGUAAUUCCUUGGUUUCACUAUCAUUUCACAUGAGAACUACAUUUGAAUUAUAACAUAAUCGGCAGAAAUCUUACAACACUACUCAUUAUCGUUUGUGUUUGACGUUUCCUUAGCGUGAGCACGUAGAAUUUACCUGUUCAUAAAUAUUUAAAUUUCUCCCGUGUUUCAUCAGUUCUCAUCAUCGUUAACAGUUUACUGUGAUUGCUUGGUAAGUGUUUCACAGUUGAUUAUAAAAUAUGUAAUGUAAUUUUCGUCCAUAAAAUUACAAAAUAAAAUGUCCGAAAUUUGAAUUCAAUCUGUCCGAAAUUUGAUUUAGUGUCCGAAGUUUGAUUAUUAUUCGCUCCAUUUGAAAAGCAUUUUAUUCGAUGAUUUUUUAUGUUUUCAAUAAAAUAAAUACCAAAGUAUAAAGCUUAAAAGCAUAUUAAACUAAUUUAUUAAAAAUAUCAACCAAAUAAUACCUGUGCAUAAAGUUCAGAUCUGUUUUCUGCAUCAUAUCCCUUAAGCGUCCGAAAUAUGAUUCAGAACGGUACCUGACAAAAUCGUAAAGAUCGAUCUUUUUCCUUCGUUUUUUCGAUCUUAGAGUUUUUUUUUUCAAUGUACAUCGAUUUUAAUCUCACCACCUGACAAAUUUUAUAAACAUAAUGUCAACAUUUGGAUGUUAAGUUAGAGCCCCCGCACACUGCAAACUUUUUUUCCAGCCGAUAGUUUGGUCGGGUUGGGUAGCUAGUGCGCACACCGAGCCCAACAAACAGUCGGGUUGGUACAGCCGGGUGACGUCUUUAGAGAACCCCCAUUGAACUGACAGGAGCCAACAUAUUGGGUAUCCCACUGACAUUUUCCCUUUGUUUUCAUAUGAAUUGGGUAUCCCACUAACAGUUCUGCUUGAGAUUUUGCUAACGAUCCUAGCAUCAAUCAUAGCACCCGGCAGGGUUGGUCAAGAGCAAGAUGCUGAACUAUAGGUGUUUCGUUCUUGACACUUUCAGGACAUGACGUGAGACGAGUAGCGAGACGUAACUUUCAGAAUUAUUUACUUUUUGUUUGGGUGUGCGGUUAUGAUUUCAAUGUCAACUCGCUAAGGAAAAUCAUUGAAGGAAAAAAUAAGCAAAUAUAUAUAUUCGUGGAAUAUAGUGCACAACCUCCUUUUGCUCUAGCCAAUUACCGUUACAAGCUCUUUCCGGAUCUCCUUCCAGGUAUAUGCACAGCAUUCUCCUCCUUCCUGAGCGAAAUCAGUGGAGCCACAAUCAGCGUUAUUGUUUGUCACCAUCGCCGUAAGUGAUAGUACUAUUUUCCCCGCCGAUGGGAGCCAAACAGAAGUACAUUUUACAAUAAACAAUAAAGCGCGAGCAGCUAUUUUGCCAACGAAUGCAUUUGUCACCAAAAGAUACGACUUGUUUUGUAAACAAAUUUGUUUUUUCACGAGCAAUGGCCGAACAGUAAUUUUGACAUUGCGGUCCACCUAUAAUACAACGCCUUGGUAAAGAGUACGCACACUAGCCAACUGUCGGCCGAAUGUUCUCGAAAGACUGUAUUUAAUUUGUGUUUAACAACGGAGAAGGAAAAUCAAAAGGAGAAUCCGAGAGUAUUGGGUGCAUCCCAUUCCAAUGAUUCGCACGGCACGUAUGUCGAAUGCCUAAAUUGAGAGCGAAUUGAACUAUCGGCCCGAUAAACAAUCGUCGUGUGUGCGUAGAUCGAUGCUAGCCAGUACUGAUUGAACGGACGGCCGAUAGUUGACCGACCGAAUAGUUUGAAUGCAAUCGGGAAGCCUAUCGAACUUUUUCAUCGACCGGUACUGAAUCGGUGUAGUGUGCGCAUAUGCAUAUCGCUCCAUACUGAUUAAGUCAUCUGACCAGUCUAUCGGCCGACAAAAGUCUGCAGUCUGCGGGACUCUUAGUGAUAGUGAAUAAGAUUGGGCGAUCUUGGAUCGAUAUUUAUAAUAUAACUAUAACAAGUAAAUAAAAUGAAAAAAAGGCAUUCGAUUCUUCAAAGAUCGAUUCUUUGGUACCGAUUUAAUCAAUGAAUCGAUUCCUGCGCUGUUUCGAAAAUCGAUCCAUCUAAAAAAUCUUUCUAAAGAUCGCCCAACCCUAUUGCAAAUACAUGCAAGUCGGGGGUAUUUUUGUUCCCACCGUCCAUUUGAAGUCUGUAUGGUUAGGCUUAUGCUGACGCACUAUAAUCCUCGACUUCAAAUAGUUGUAUCAGUAGAUGCAUCGAAUGUGGGUAUUGGUGCUCGUAUUACACAUCGUUUUCCUGACGGAUCGGAGAAGGAUAUUUAUGAUGCAUCUCGAAGUCUGGCGCCAGCUGAGUGCCGCUGUAGCCAGAAACAUCACUCACACAUCAAGCCAGACUGGGACUACAUAAUCGCGUGGCUGGAAGUCGAAAGUGUCAUCUACAACAUUGUCUACCACUCCAUCCAAUAUCUUCCCAUAUCGUACAAAACGAUAGCGGACAAUAUAUGUCAGGAUCAGAGUUGUAGAAGGUCAUAGAGUUUAUGCAAAAGGGUUGGCCAGCUGAAGCUAAGAACACUGGAGGUUCAGCAGUUCUUCGCUCGUCGAGACUCGCUGUGCAUCGCUCACAAAAUUCUGAUGUACAGUGACAGGAUCGUAGUCCCGCAGAAAUUGCAGCAGAAGGUUCUCCAGCCACUCCACAGAGGGCACCCAGGUAUCAAUAGAAUGUGUUCACUGGCCCGGAAUUUCGUUUAAUGGACAAACACCGACUAUCAAAUCACCACAUUAGUUAGUGGUGACGAAAUUUGUGUCGUGGCCGAUUCCCGAAAAACCGUGACAAAGAGUUCACUCAGAUCUCUCUAUUCCAUUCUUUGAGAGGCUUUAAACUUUGCAGUUCAUUCCUCUCUAAAACCAAACGCAUCACCAUCGGAAGUACUGAUAACAAAUAAUAAUUCAAGGAAUACGGGAUUAUGCAUCUCAAAACAGCAAACAACACCCCCAAAGCAACGGGCAAGGUGAACUCUUUGUUGACACCUUUGAAAGGACCUUCAAGAAAAUUCGGGCGAAAACCUAGGGCCUGAUCACGAACAUCACUGUCACAAACGCUUUCACGUCACUCACACUUCACUUAAUCUUUUUGUGUCUAUCAUCAUUGUCACGGACAGUUGCGUGUAAAAAAAAACCCCGUGAAGUGAAAGAGUUCAUUCCCCUUUAAUAAGAGACAUGCCAGUUGCAUAAUGUCGGUUGCAUAAUUUCGGACGUUUGAACGUUUUGUAGGUAAAAUUAAUAAGUGUAUGACAUAGUAUUCCAUUCAAUUGAAAACAUAAGAAUGACAAGUUUGCGAUUAUACCUCGAUGAUUCGGUAUUUCAAUGUCAACUAUUCGGACUCGUUCCAUGAAUCAUUUGUUUGGUGCGUUAGUUUGCUGAAUCAAACGCUGGUUCAAAGAUGAGGAGGAAUACUUGGUUGCUCUUGAAUAAUGUAGUUGUUGAACAUAUGGGAAUGUAAUUUUAUUUCCUCUUUCUAUAAAUUACUCUAGAGAUAAAGCAUGACUAUCAUGAGUUUAAUAAUCGAUAUCUCGCAUACUCUUGUACUCAGCUCUGUCUUACUCGUUUGAAUAGUGAGAAGUAUUUAGUUUAGGUCAACGUUAAAAUAUUUUUUUAAGAACCGUUUCUACAAUUUUGAUGAAUAAUAAUAUCUUCUAUAUAUCAGAAUAAACCCGAAUUUAUCCAUCUCAUGAUCAGUAUAAUCUGAGCUACUCCCAUAUGGGAUUCUGGAGCUUAAUCCUCUUAUCCUUAUCCAUUCUCGUGUAAUUUGAUAUGCAGGACAUGAGGUUUGAUAUAAUUAUUUAAACAGAAACUGGUCAGUAGCGUCGGUCAGAAGCAUAAUUUUCAUAUGAAACAUCUGAUGAGUUUCAAGGAAUUUGCCAAAAGCAGAAAAUGAUUCAGAUUUUCUUUAGACGGAUAUCAAAAUUAUGGAAAAAGAACUAGAGAAUAAUUAUAAAUUAUAAAUUCAAAAGCUUUGCAAUGAUAGAUUCAUUUUUUCCUUAUUUGAAACUUAAAUAUUCUUUCAUUCAAAGUAUGUCUUCAAAACAAUAUCGUUGAAAAUAUCUAUUACGUAAAAACAAAAGAUAAAUGGUCUUAUUUGGGGGUCUCCGUAGCCACAUUGGUUGCGCGUUCGCUUAGUAAGCGAUCGAUCGUGAGUUCAAAACUCAGGGCCCUCAUUGACCAUCUUUGUGUUGUUACAGAUUAGCUACGUCCACGCAACAAUCAUCAGCGAUGGAGAUCGAUCCACGGUCGAAAUAAGAUCGAUUCAUCCAUACAACUGCUCUGCUCUGCAAGACACAUCGGGCUGCUGUUCUAUAAAUAACUCAACAAUGAUCAAUCCAACUGUCUCCGCUGUCCGGUCUAACUGGAUAAUGGAAGAACAGAACGAAAACUCUUACGCCUAUAUGGCAACUGUGUAAAUGUACCAUAUGUAAUGGUAUAGAAGGAAUACUGGCGAAUGGCAACUGUGUAAUGUGCUAAUUAUAGAUAUGAUAACCAUGUGAUAUGUACACGAUUGAAAUUCGGCUCUGUUACAGCCAAGAUGCUAAUGAGCCUGAAAUAAACAAAAGGGAUAAAAAAAAAAUGGUCUUAUUCGAUGUAACUAUCGUCCUGAUUCGGGUCUUGACCACCAAUUGCGAAUGUUUGAAUUACAAAAACCAGCUCUGCAAUGUUGGAAAAACAUUACAGUUAUUAUUUUACAUUCAAAAUAUCAACAAAUCAAUAUUUUACAUAAUCAAUCAUAAUGAUCGUUUUGGGCCAUUUUAUGGUGUUGCAACUCUCUGUUAGUCUAAUCCAUAAAAUUGAAACGAAAAAUUUCUAUUCAUUCAGGACAAUCGAAAUUAGACCUUUCGCCAUGUUUCAAUCGGUCUACGGGAGCUACAUUUUUAGUCCUCAAUUACAUCCCAUAGCGCAUUUAUCGAAUCCAAAUAAACGAAUUUACGUCCUCUGGAUACGUCAGGAUUUCGUUCUAAAAAUGCCACCCAGCGGGUAAAUUGCUGUUCCUUUAUCUUUUCUUUCUUAAAAAGCAAGACAAGAUUCAAAAUGUUAGCAAAAAAGACGGGUGGGUAAUGUCGGGGACAUAACCGGAGUGACGUAGGACUAUACAAAAGGGACAGCUUUUGUUAAAUAUAUAUUUUAAAUAUAUUGUUUUAUUUUCUUCUCCUACGUGAAUACCUACCUAUCUACCUUAAAAAUGGAUUAGUUUACUGUUUACUCUUCAUGAAUAUGUUGAUGUUUCUGAAAAGAACCUUUGGUGUUGUGUUUUUGUUAUCACUCGAUAUUCCCAUCUUGUUCGGUUAAACCUUCCUGUUUAGCUAUUGCGUUUGCCACUCGCCACAGCUUUCACAGUUGGAAAAUUUCUUCCCAUCCAGCUUGUGACAUAUUUUACAGUAAAUUACAUUCAAUGGCACGUCGCAUUACCACCACUCAGUAUCGGAUUGGAGGUAAUUUUAACCUGUAAUUGAACAUUUGCGAUGACAGUGGUACAGUGUCGACCUUCAAUGUGGGGUCAUAAUUUGGACCCCGAACUCUAUGUUUACAAAAAUGUCCAACUAAAUAUGUCGCAUUACUGGUCCGUCCAAUUAGCUAAAUGUCGAGAUAAGUGUAAAUUACUGUACUUUCAAUCUAGAAGCAAUUUAAGAAUUGGUGAAAAUCAAUAAGCUCAGAACAACUGCCAAAUUCACAUACUCAUCAUAUCCUGGUAAAAAAAUUAUAAAAAAAUCAAUUUGUGUUUUAUUAUUAUUUUGGAUAUUGUUUUAGAAAGCAUUGAACUGUAUUUCCUAAACUCUUUUUUGGAAGGUUUAAUGGCCCUGAAAAGCGCCUUGUUUUAUGGAAUGGUUCCAAUUUAGAAAACUUAGUACUCGUGGUUUUGAAAAAAACCAUUUCGAACGCCCUCGAUGCCGCCUUGUUCUAGAUUUGCCACCAAAGCAGUGUGUAUAAAGGACAAACUUUUUUCUUCUGCUACCUGAUGCCGUUUUGCGAUUGCGUUUGCCACUCGCCACUCGCUGCAACUGCCUGUUGUCUUGAUGUCCACAGAACCGAAUGUGUUCUGUUCCGAAUGCGGGUUUUCUUAUCGUCGCGAGCAGCUUUACCAGCUAACUCGAUCACUUCGGCGGCCGAAACUAUAUAACGCCGGCUAGGUGGACUGGUGCACUGGUACUAACGCGCUCGGCCUAGCUACCCUUGCGGGGAACUCCAGAUCAACACGGUUCGAGCGGGAUUUUGCCUUUCCCUUCACUUUUCCUCCUUUACCAUGUCCAGACAUGGCUGCUUGGGUUGGUUUGUUGAUGUGUUGUGAUGCGAACCGAUGUGGUGUACGGUUUGAAUGAGAAUGAUCGUUACGGCAGCGGAGCGGGGAUUUUUAAGCUGACUGGCAGGCUCGAGAAUUACGCAUGUGUGAGACUGCGACCAAUGUUUCGUUCAUUGUUUUCUUUUUUCUUUCCAAUCGUGCUUUAUUCUAUUUCGCUGCUGCUCUGGUUGCCCGUUUUUGUCGGUAUGAUUUGAGGAGCACAAAAUGGACCAAUCAAAAAUGGGCACAUAGUGCAUUUUGACAAUGCUUGAUAUUUCACAAUAAUUCAAUUAUUUAUCUCAAGAAAAAUGAAAUGUUAUUCGUUAUGAUAGAUGCGUAGAUAUAUUUCCUAUCAAUUGAUGCAAAAACCUUUGCGAUCUAUUGAGAAAUGCUCGAGUUAUAAGCGUUCCAAAUCUUGCAUUUUUUCCUACUUGUUCAGUGCCUAGAUUUCCAUUUCACCCCCUAUAUCUUCCGGUUAGACGUAGUCCUACGUCAAAAGCUAAAUAAAUCCGAAAAUAAACUUACUCCAUUCCGCGUGACUAGCUUUCACCAUCUAAAACACAAGUGACAAAUAUACUUGUUUUUCCCCGUGACGUGACAGUAUCGUGAUAUACAUAAUAACACCGAGUUCAUCAAAGUUGUCACGACGGAUGAACUCUUCCGGAUUCUCCACACACGGUGGCAGUCGUAAUAACGUUGUAUACAAUUCACUUCGUUUUCACCUUGAAGUGACGUUCGUGAUCAGGCCUCUAGACUAGAUUCGAUAUCUUCUUGUGUUGCUAUCGAUCCACACCAAUUGGCUCCCGGAAAGCAAUCAAUUGCGGAAACGUCAUGGCGACUGUAUUGGAAAACCCGAGCAAGCAGAGUUUGCCAUUCCAUUAGACAUCCUGCUCGAUACUUGGAGUCUGAAACCGUCAGGAGAUUGCGUUGCUGAUGGGAAGCACCCGGAACGCCACCACCACCUGAACCGGAAGGUUUGGGUGAUCUGCAGACGGAGUUUUGGCGAGAGCUUUUAGAAUCAUCGAAUCAACAACGUCGAACUCGAGUACCGGAUGCUAAUGAAUCCCUCCUGCGACGCUCAUCAAUACAGCGCAAGAUACCCAAAAAGGGAAGGUGUUGGAGUGCGAAUCUAUUCUUCUACGCUGCGAAUGAUUAUCUCUUAUGGAUCUUUCCCAUGGUGAGCAAUGACCGCGUAUAAACGGCCGCUUCAGUAAAUUCUAGUUCGUUUCCAAGUUCUUAUAAUGAUCGAGCUUGGUUUUCAUGCAUUAUUUCUAGCAAUUUCUCGUAUUCAGCUACCCUGUUGUGGAACUGGGGAUCUUCGUAUUUAAAUAAUUGCGCGUUCACUUACUAAGCGAACGAUCGUGAGUUCAACGAGAUUGAUCGUCUAAUUGGCCUUUUCAAGGCUAGAGGCGGUAGAACUUUGCAAUUGAAAGCCUUUUUCUUAACCCAUCUAUUCAUUUUAUUAGCUCAUUUAGCUUCAAAGCCUCUUUAACAGAAGAAAAGUCAAUCACCUGAGUGUACUUUGUCAUCGACAUAAAAAUCAUUACUUUUGAAUCAUUUAUACCGCUUUCUACAUGUUGUAUCUGAUGAAUCUUGAACGCCAUAAGCUUUUCGAAGCGAAUGACGAACCAACACUUUAUCGUAUUCCAUCUUCCACAAAGCAAAAUUGUUUACGCAAACAAUUGUGUAUGAAUGUUAUCGAGGAAUGUGAAAAAAAAACUAUGAAAAAAGUACCAUAUGCGUUCUAGUAAUGGCUUGACUGUUUACAUCACAAUCUAACAUUUGUGGGCGAAACAUAAGUUAAGGUCGAAUUUCCGAUAUUCGAAAAGUGAAAAACGCAGGUCUAAUAUUCCUAUCAACCUUAAACACUACUACAAGGUGUCAUACCUAACACACAAUCAUUGUGAAUAAUCUCAGCACACAGCAUCACACAGCGGUCAAACGGUCUGUAUAUAGGUAAACUGUAACGUACAACAGUUGAACAGUUGUACGUAAUAGAAAGCAAACAGAAAAUAUACGCGAAUAUCUUAGUUUUUAGUCAGAGCCUGAUUGGCAAAAAUCCAGUCGUUAUUUUCAAGCGUAUGCAAGUCAAAACUAUCCUUUACGCGAUAUAUGAGCAUUUGUUGGUUACUAUAUUAUAUAUGGUAUAUAUGAACACAUAUUCAAUUUAAAGACGUGUUAUUAGUUGUUAUGAUACGCGUAAAGACAACAAACCUAUUUUGUACUUUAUAGUGUGUAUGUGUACCACAAACGGUGGCGUAAAGAAUCGUCAUAGAAGAAAGAAUAGUCAGGUAUUUACAGGAAGCAUAGCGUGAUUCGUUCGUCGCUCUAUUUUGAUUGUGAAUCUACUCAUGUCACCAGCCCAAUAGAAAUAGUUCGAUCCGAAUUGAUUUUUGUAUGCAUAUUUAAUUUUAAACAAGAAAUAUUCUUAGUGAUUAUUUGGCAAUAAUUUUACCAACACGAGAGAGAACAU